AUGACCAAAUCAUACCCCGAAAUGUCAAAAUAAAAAAACAACAAAAAUCUAACUGGAUUUUCUUCAGUAACAAACCCAUUUCCCUGCAUCUUAGAAGCCAUGGAUCUUGUAACAUACCAGUAUUAUCGACCGGCUUCAAAGAUAACAAUAUUUGCACACUUGUUUGGUCUUCUUGCUUUGAUUCUUAUGCUUGUUUGGUUGCUUCAUUAUCGUGAAGGCGUUAAUCUUUUUUCAUACUAUCCAAAUCAGAUAUUUAAUGUUCACCCACUUUUGAUGUUCUUGGGGAUGAUUUUCUUGUCUGGCCAAGCACUAAUGGCAUACAAGACAGUGAAAGCAGAUAGGAAAGUGCAGAAAGCGGCACAUUUUUUACUACAUUUAGCUGCAAUUUGUCUUGGGAUCGUUGGGAUACAUGCUGCUUUCAAGUACCACGAUAGAAGGAAUUUAAGAGACAUGUAUAGCUUCCACUCCUGGAUAGGCAUUGCCACUAUCUGCCUAUACAUUUUGCAGUGGUUGGUUGGGCUGUGUAUGUACAUGUUACCAUACACAAGAAAAGAAACAAGGGCAGUGAAUCUGCCAUGGCACAUAUCAGGUGGUAGAGCAAUCUUUUACAUGACAAUUUGUGCAGCGUUGACUGGAUUAAUGCAGAAAAUCACAUUGAUGCAGCUCCAAUUAUUUUCUGGAGAAUCACUUUUGAUCAACUUCCUUGCAAUAUUCAUCCUCCUUUUUGGAAUCUCCGUUGAUAUUUCAGUUGCUCUUGCACGUUAUGCAUAAUUAUUUCCCAAAAAUAAAUCUCCUAUUAUCUGUCAAUUAAUAAACAAUUCUACACACAGAGGCCAGAGUGACAUAUUGAUGGACUGAUUUUCUUGUUUAAUUUAUUCAUAUUUUUGUUUGUUUUUGUUUUGCUUUCGAAUUGUGGAAAUUGUAACUGAAGUUUAUUUUAAUAAAAUAUUGUCUUUAUUUUU